CGUGAUGGGGUGGUUGGGGAGGGUGAGUUCGGUGGCCUGCCCCGCCCUGAUUGAACACUGACUCGACGCUAUCUGCCGCUGUGUACCACGGAGGGAACUUCACUGUCAAAAGUACACAGACAUUAUCAACUCUUGAUCAGUACUAAGUCCAAUGAUCAGCACUGCCUUCCUGGUCUUUGCAUGGUUGCAUCGCGACUCCUGCACAAAGCACCCAGACUGCAUGAAGGCUUGAAGGCUGAUUGGGGUUUGCUGCAAUCGAGCUAGUCCGUGUUGACACAAAAAAGAAAGAAAAAGAAAACAGAAAAGUUAGGCCGGUGGUAUCGCAGUCAUGUCCGGACAACCAAGAUUCGUGAGCCCGUUUCACAGACCUCAGUGUCUGGCUGCUGCAGCUCCGGCGGGGAAAGCCAAGUUUACGCACCCUGGCAAAGCUAUCCUGGCAGGUGGAAUCGCAGGAGGCAUUGAGAUCUGUAUCACCUUCCCUACAGAGUACGUUAAAACACAGCUGCAGCUCGACGAGAAGGCGAAUCCUCCAAAAUACAAAGGCAUCGUUGACUGUGUGAAGCAGACGGUGAACAGUCAUGGGGUGAGGGGUCUUUACAGAGGUCUAAGCUCACUGCUUUAUGGCUCUAUACCUAAAGCAGCUGUCAGAUUUGGAGUGUUUGAGUUCCUUAGUAAUAAGAUGCGUGAUGAAAGCGGUAAACUGGACAGCAAGCGAGGAUUCUUAUGUGGUCUUGGUGCUGGAGUUGCAGAGGCUGUCGUCGUAGUCUGUCCUAUGGAGACAGUAAAGGUCAAAUUCAUCCAUGAUCAGACAUCAGCGAACCCAAAGUACAAGGGAUUUUUCCAUGGAGUGAGGGAAAUAAUUAGAUCUGAAGGCCUGAAGGGGACUUAUCAAGGCCUAACCGCCACGGUGCUGAAACAAGGUUCCAACCAGGCCAUCCGCUUUUAUGUCAUGACUUCACUGAGGAACUGGUACAAAGGUGAUGACCCCAACAAAGCCAUUAACCCUCUGAUAACUGGAAUGUUUGGAGCUGUUGCUGGUGCUGCCAGUGUGUUCGGAAACACUCCGCUGGAUGUCAUUAAAACUAGAAUGCAGGGUCUUGAAGCUCACAAGUACAAAAGCACACUGGACUGUGCCGUCAAGAUCAUGAAACAUGAGGGACCGAUGGCGUUCUACAAAGGUACUGUGCCUCGGCUAGGUCGAGUAUGUAUGGACGUGGCCAUAGUCUUCAUCAUUUAUGAGGAAGUUGUGAAGCUCCUCAACGUAGUUUGGAAGACGGACUGAAAUGGACACCCUGGUGCUACACAAGCAGGAGUGUUAGGACGGGCCAUCCACAAUCUAACCCUAACAAUGGCCAAGUCCCCCACCAAUCUCCUUAAACCCUGCUUCUAGGUUCUAAUAACUACCUCUAAGUGAUUCACAGAAAGAAAGAAAGAAAGGGAUUGGUAUGUUCUUGAUUUUUUAUUUAUAACAAAGCUAUUGCAAGUGGAAUCUGCAUGAAAAAAAAGCUCCAGGUUGCAGAAUCAAUGCUUACACUUUAAAUUCCAGAGGGGGGGGAAGUUCCUUAAGAGCUCAGGGAAAGGAACGGGGCAUUUAUUUAGGACUAGACCUGCUUGACUAGAGAAAUGGGAACACUGCUGGUACAGAGAAGUGUCUCACUUACAGUACAGUGCUUUGCGUUCAGUGAAACAAAUACUGUGUGUACUUAAUCAACGAGGAACCAAUACCCGACCCAACAUAAUGUGAUUUAGACACUAUAGACAAAGAAAUUAUACUUGAAGAUGACAGAUGAUACCAGAGAUCAUACAUUUUAAAGCCCUUUUUAUAUGCAAAUAUUUCAAUUUUUGUUUCUUUUUCUUUCUUUUUUUUUUUUAAAGACACAUUCUCUACCUGAUGUCAGAAACAUUAAAUUCAGAUGUGACAUGCUGCAAAAGCUAAAGGGUACAUUAAGAACUAAAUGCCUUAAAUCAAGAUUGUUAAAUUAAUCAAGAUUGUGGGAUUCAUGGAGGUGUAGGUUUUUUUUAAAAUUAUGUUGCAUACGUACACAUUUUAUUUUGAAAUGCGUAUUUCCACAAAACAGUUUCACAAUAGUUCACUUUUACUUUGCAGAGCUGUUUUUAAAUCAAUUAACGUACUAGAUUGAUGCUAUAAAAAGUGCCUAUGUAUUGUAUGAUUCAUUUUUAGAUCUUUUGAGAUUAAGAAUGAUUGAAUGUUGUAUGUAUGUAGUCACUACAGAUCCGUUAACAAAUAUGUACUCAGUUGCACACAUUGCAGUGGUGCCAGAUGUUUAAUUCCAGGCGGUAUCUGAGAUAUUUCUGAAUUGUAUAUAUCUUCUCAAUUCAUUGUAACUGCUAGUAUUUCCAUUUUUUUAUUUUAUUUUAUUUUUUUGCUUCUAAAAUUUUAAUUGCCUUCAUUGCAUAGACAUGCCUGUUUGAGAAAUGCCAUAUAUAAUAGUGCCUUCCAUCUCAUUCCAUUGAGGACGAGUGGUUCAGGAUAGAUUUUAUUGCAGAUUCAGUUUUUAAUUUUUUAACUAUGUGAUAUUAAUUGCCUUUACUUUUAUAUCAACUGAUAAUCCAAUGUGCCAACUGCUGCUCAGAGAUAUAAUACCAUGUUAAAGACUGGAGUUUGUAGCUUGUGAAUCUGGCACGUUUACAUGCAAUGCAGUUAAUUGUUUUGCUCAUUACACAAUGUUUUGGACGCACAAUGUUUACUUUUAAACUACAUUUUUCAGCUUGAGCUUCAACCUGACCUUGCAUCCAUGUAGACAUAUGUCAGAUAUUUAAAUAUCUUUUGGAUUUUUCAUAUUAAAGGAUAGAGGUUCAUCAUGUUUCAUGUCAGUAUUAAAACAACAGUCAGGAGCCCAAAUGAACACUGUAACAGGUUUACCUUGCUGUAAUCGUUCCUCCUGUU